CGAAAGUUUUGUUAUGUCAAAUGGUAUAAGAAUGUUCGGUUCAUAUAUCAGUGUAAUACGAUAAGGUUGAUGCAAAUGUUGAGGAUGGUCAUGAAAUUGUCACGGAUUUUGCUUUUACAGAAGCGGAAAGCACUUCAAGUGAAAGCGAAUUUGUAAAUUUGGAUGGAGAUACUGAGGAGUUGGAUAUACCGAAUUUUGUUGGCGACUUGAGAGCCUUGAUGGUGGAAGAUAGUGAUGACGAAGUUGUUUUGGAUAGUGACGAUGAUUUGAUAUCUGAGCAAAAAGUGGGAAACUGCAGAGGAGGUUUAUGGAGGCGUGCUAGUGCAGUUGGUCCACAAUCAUCUGGAGUUUGGUCUUCUGCAGGAAGUAAUUUGACAGACAAAAAAUCUGAUAAUGGUUCUAAUCUUGCAAGUGUUGAGACUCAUUACGAGGAAGCACUAAUUGUGAGACCAACAGAGGAAAACUUAAUAUCAAACAAUGAAAAUGUGGCUAUGCCUUACCAGGACCAGUUUAUUAAGCAAUGCAAUAAGUUUGAAGGAGACGAGUUCGUUAUUUUUCAGGCACCUUGCAGUACUUUUGAGAAUGAAGUUGGUGUUUACUAUGAAUCUCAAGAACCUGGUGAGGCAUCACAAGCUAAUGCGUUGGAAUUUGUAGAUCGUUACUUGUCAGCUAGUGUUGUCAGUUCAUCUCCAGAAGCCACGAUUCCGAAAUUUGUUGGGAUGAAAUCACCUCUUGCUUCAUGUGCAAAGGGGUCCUUAAAUUUAGCAAUGAAAACCAACCUUAUGUCCAAAGUUGGUAUUUCAACCUUUGAGUGGGAUGAUAAGCAGCUUGGUCAUGGAGAAGAGUUAUUUUUAAAUAAGAAAAAAGAACUCUACAAUCAUAAAGAGAAAUGUUUGGGUGCAAAAAUUGAAGAUGGACUUGAAGGAAGUGUGAUGUUUAAUUCAAAUGAACAGUUUAAUGUAAAUGAGUUUGAUGAACAGCCUAAGGAAAUAUUACUGAUACCCCCUGUUGAAAAUGACACCAAUGAGAGGGAUGCACUGGAUUUGUUCGGUGUUGGUUUGGACACCCAAAUGGCUGCUGAAGCUAUAGAAUCCUUGUUGUACGCUCCACCUCGUAUUAUUGAUGCUAAUGAAGAUGAAGGUCUCGAGAAGAAAGCAUCCAAACAAUGUGAUUCGCAAACUGAGGGAAUAAGUUAUAACCAAAACAAUGUUACUAAUAGCCAUGAAAUGUCUACAUUCUUAGAUGAACACUCUAAAAACCAGGAGCUAAUGAAUGUUGAGUUACUGGGUACCAAAAAUUCAACAAAAGGAGAGCCAUCGACUGAUAAAUGGAAAAAGUUACAUGAUAAAUCUUUGAAAGUUUUUAGCCGAAGGAAGCAAAUGAAAAAGUCAGCCAAGGAAGUUCAAACCUUUUCACCUGUAGCUUGUCGAACUAGAAAAGGGUCAUCAGUAAAACUGCCAAAGAGGACUGGAGGUACAUAUAACCUGAGAAAUGUUACACAUGGUAAGCUGGAUCAUGUUCAUAAAAGAAAGUUGGAUGAUUUAGAUACAACUUUUUCAUUGGAGAACUCAAAAGAUUCUUCAAAGAAUGAUGAAAAUUUUGGUCAAUGGAAGUUCGAUAUAUGGAAUUGGCCUAAAGGGAAAAGGACAUGUAGAAAAAUGAGGCCAGACGUAACAUUAAAGAGUACCUCCAAUACACCAUCCCUAGUUCUAGAAUUUGGCAAUGAAUAUUCAGUUGUGGAACCUGGUGAAACUGAAGGGAACUUCAGGGAAGCUUCUUUCUUGUCGAAUGUAAAGAGAAAAGCUCGCUCUGCUUCCAUAUGCAGCUCAACAGCUCUAAAGAAACUUGUUAAAGGGCGGUCAAUACAAAAAUCUGGUCAACUGAGUCUAGCAGAUGUGACAAACACCAAAUGUCUUUCAGUGAGUCAUAUACCAUCUUUAGGGGGUGAAAACAAGAUGACAGAUUCAUUAUUGAAGGGAAAGAAACUAAUCAAGAAAACGUCUACAAGUCCCUCUCUUAAGAAUGAGCUUUCUAGAUCUGGCUUUGCAGAACCUUUCCCGGAUUUUAUAUCCAAAGACUUAAGAAGACGUAGAAGUAAGGUAGAAAUUCGUGUGUUGUUCAGCCAGAACCUUGAUGAUGAUGUGAUUAAGCAGCAGAGAAAGUUCAUGAAAAAAUUGGGAAUUUCUAUGGCAAAAGAUUGCUCUGAUGCUACACAUUUUGUGGCUGAUAGAUUUGCAAGGACAAGGAAGAUGUUAGAAACAAUGGCUUUUGGUAAACCAGUUGUGACACCAUUGUGGCUACAGAUCUGCGAGCAAGCAAUGUCUGUUAUUGACGAGAAAAAUUACAUCCUUAGGGAUGCUAAAAGGGAAAAGCAGUUUGGCUUUAACAUGCCCAUUUCGUUGUCUCAUGCAAGAGCACAUCCACUUCUUAAGGACCGAAGAGUUUUUAUUACCCCACAAGUCAAACCUGACAGAGAACUAAUAGGAAACUUAGCCAAGGCAGUUCAGGGCCAGGUGAUAACAGACAUUCAACAAGCCAGCAUGGAAUAUAAUAUAUCAAAUAACCUCUUAAUAUUGUCCUGUGAACAAAAUUAUGAAGCAUGUGUUCCAUUCUUAGACAAAGGUGCAGCAGUCUACAGUUCAGAACUCUUGCUAAAUGGGAUCAUUAUUCAGAAACUAGAAUACAAGAGGCAUCGACUCUUCAGUGAUCAUGUUAUAAUGAAGCGUUAUACUAGACUUCGGAAGAAAAAUGGAAAUUAAAAUCUUAAUGGAGCUUAGGAACAUGAGCCAAUUUCUUGUACAUCUGUGCACAUAUUUUUGCAACGUAUCAAAAUGGCCAUUUUCAGCAUCGGGUUUAUCAUCAUUUUUGCAACUAAUCCCAAAUGCCAUUUUAAUUAUUCACUAGUAGUUGAUUAAAAAUUUUGCGAAAUACCCUUUCUCAACACCAAUUUAGUGAGAUGCAAUGUAUUUUUGUACAAGAUCAUUAAGUUGAUUGCUUUUUGGUGUUAACAAGGGCCUCGUUUGGAUUUGUUUUUGUGUAUUUUCGUUUAAUUCUUGAAAAUACGAAAACGCAGCAAGAAAAUGGUCAUUUGUCAAGUGUUCAUAUUUCCAGAAAAUCUGUUGGCUUGGCCUGAAACAUAACAUCCGGAUUACUUGGCAGCGUAUCGAGGAAAAGCCCAAUUAACCUGAUUGUGAAGUUUUCAGAGUACUAUAUAUUGUUGGUAUAUCCAAAAAUUUUAAAAAUGACUUCUACUAAGGUCAUGGUUGAGUUUGUCUUUGAUCUGUAAAUCACAUAUUUAUGACUAUG